GCGCCCCGAGCCGGCCGGGCCGAGCCGAGCCGAGCCGCGCCGCCUCCGGGGGAGCCCCCGGAGCGCAACAGUUGCCCCCGAGCCUCGGCCGCCGCCCCCCGCGCCCGGGGGGACCCCCGGGGGACCCCUCGGCAGCGGGAGGAGGCUGCGCGGAGGAGCCGCCGCCGCUUCGCCGAGGCAGCGCCCGGAGCUGCCCGGAGCUGCCCGGAUCCGGCGGUUCUGCCUCUGCCGGCGAUGGAGCGGAGCGGAGGGGCCGAGCCGCGGCUCCUCCCGGCCGGCGGCAGCCGCCCCAUCCUCCGCCUGCCGGAGCGGAGCCGCCCCGCCGCCGGGCAGCGAGCCCUCUGCUGAGCCCCCCGGGCAUCCUCGGAACCUCCCGCGCCUCCCACCCCUUCUUCGUGCAUCCCCCGGCCCCCUUCGUGCAUCCCCCGGCCCCCUCGGUGCCCCCCGCGCUCGCCGCCCCUUGCAUGCGGCCCCGGGCUGCGGGAGCCGCUGGCCAUGGGCACCAAGCAGACCAAGGGCUGCCAGCCGGGCAGCGCCGGGGAGAGCCCCCCGGGCCACCACCGCAAGAAGGUGGCCCCCAGGGAAAGGGGGGAUUUCCUGGCUUCCCUGGUGGCCAAGUCGGGCGAGAAGUUCGGGAAGGGCGCCGGCGCCAGCCUGCCCCCGUACCACCGGCGGAUCUGCAUGAUCCAGGACAUGCUGCUGCUGGUCAAGCAGGGCAGGCAGGAGGAGGCCACCGAGCUGCUGAAGAACCUGCGGCAGGAUUUAGGGAUGGAGUCCACCUCUCUGGAUGAUGUCCUGUAUCGUUACGCCAGCUUCCGAAACCUGGUGGAUCCCAUCACCCACGACCUCAUCAUCAGCCUGGCAAGAUACAUCCACUGCCCCAAACCAGAAGGGGACUCCCUGGGAGCCAUGGAGAAGCUCUGCAGGCAGCUCACCUACCACCUGAGCCCCCACUCGCAGUGGAGACGCCAGGGCAUCAUGAAGAGGAAGCCGCAGUCCUGCUUGAAGGCCGUGCUGAUGGGGAAGCCCCAGGACAACACCGUGGACUUGUCAGGCAUCCCCCUGACCCUGAAGGACGUGGAGAGGGUCACGUCCUACCUGGAGCACAGCUCGGAGCACAUCGACACGGUGGAGCUGUGCUUCACGGAGCUGACGGACGAGGUGCUGCUGCAGCUGCUGCCCGCGCUCUGCGGGCUGCCCCGCCUCACCACGCUGGCCCUCAACGGCAACCGCCUCACCAAGGCCAUCCUCAGGGACCUCACCGAGACCCUCAAGGACCCCAAGAAGUUCCCCAGCGUCACCUGGAUCGAUCUGGGUAACAACGUGGAUAUUUUCUCGCUGCCCCAGCCCUUCCUGGUCAGCCUGAAGAGGCGCUGCCCCAAGCAGGGGAACUUGCCGACCAUCCUGGAGUUUGGGGAGGGGCAGCUCAGCGAUCUGGAGGGGCAGGAGGGGCUGGGGGACAGCCAGGAGGAGCUGAGGGCUGCGCCAGGCCGGGCUGGCAGCACGGGCUGGGAGCAGACGGACAGAGAGGCUGGGGAGCUCCCUGGCCCGGAGCAAGGUGCUGCCACACCACAGACAUGAUGUCAGCCCUUGGCUGGGCACCUUGAGCAAGGAUGACUUCAAGCCUCAGAGCUGGGGGGGUCUGUUCCCACUCCUGGGUGCUCCAGGAGUCCCAGCUGCUGCCUUCCCCCUGUGCCACGAACGUCAGUGAUUUUCUUCUCGAAGAACACAUAAAAGUGAUCACGUAGAGUGUUUGUAUUUUCUAACAGCUGGCCAGGUGUUUUGAAGCAUUAGUGGUGUGCUGUGCUUUUGGCUCUCUCAGAAAUGCAUCUCCAACGGGCUGCAAAACCUCAGAAGGGCAAGGAAAGGGAGCAGGGAGGUGCCCAGGCUGGGCAGGGCAGGGCUCCCUUUCCUCAGUGCUGGGUCUCAGCUGCUCCCCACGUGGGAUGGACAGACAGCAGCCACCCCAAAGGGACCUGCCUGGGAUAAACCUUCAAUCCUUCCCACUCCUGACUUCAGGAAUCACUGGUGAGAGGCACGGCUGCUGAGACACAACAAAAACCUGCUCACACACCAAGCAGGGUGUUCCUCUCAGUACUGUGAGCCCAGCCCAGGGGGAGAGCUUUGUUUUCCUGGGGCAGGGUUAAAUCCCAGCCUGCAGCGUGCCUGGACACCACCCUCACCUCCAGCCUUACCAAAACCAGGCUGGCACCUGUGCCUGCCCAGGAUUUGUCCAGUAAAACCCAGUUUCCCAGCAGCUGUAAGAACUCCUGAGCUUUUGAUGGAAGCAUCUGACCCAUUCUGGGUUCUGGGAGGGACACACAAAUCCUGGAGUCAGGGCUCAGGAGCAUCACUGACAAAAGAGACCACGGUACUGAAGGGUUAAAAAAGGUGAAACAAGCCUGGGGUUCAUCCCCUCUGUCACUGCCACACAGCCAGCUGGGAUUCAAAGCCCCAGAAAACCUUGGGCUCCCUUGGCCAUGGCUGUUGCCCCCUGGACCAGAAGUGCUUUGCUCCUGAAAGGUUCCAGUUUUUUUCUAAGCCAGGGUUUAUUUUCAGUGGGAAGUGGAUCAGCCCAGAGCAGCAGUGCUGGAAUGUGCACUUUGGCUCUUUGGAACCAGAAUUUCAUUGGAUCCCAAAGCUGGGGGAGGGCAGGAAAGUGGGGAAAGCUUCCUCUCCUUGGUGUUCCACGGAGCAGAGCUAGCUCCCUUUGCAGAGGGAGCCUCUUGGCCCCAAGCCCUUCCCUGAGCAGCUCCAGCAGUGGCUCCAGCUUGGCUUUUUUUGGGUGCAAACAGAUUUUUGGUCCCAUGGCCUCUGUCCAUUUUUCCAGAGGGGCUUCAGGCUGCCAGUGGUUGUUUGCCCUCCAUUUGCAAGAAGGUACCUUAGAAAAAACUCUGCUACUUUUAAUACAUUUGGCAACAGUAUGAUUUGCAUGUAUCCAAGCCUUUUUUCCUUUUUUUUUUUUAAUUCUAACUCUUUCCAACAGGCAUGAAAAAACCAACUUUCCAGUGAAUAUGGAAUAUUUCUGUUUGAAAUAAAGGAGCUAUCCAUAAACAAAAUAAAUGAUAAUGUUUAAUAAAGA